AUGUCCGCAGAGGGUUCAGGUUCCUCGAUCCAAUAUUCUGCUCCAGCGCCCCAAAUGAGUAGUCAAGCUCCUGCUGGUUCAAAUGCUGCACCUAACUCGCAGCUUCCGGGACAUGCUUCAUUUAGAAGACAACGAGCUUCACGAGCUUGCCAAACAUGCCAUGCUCGAAAGGUACGAUGUGAUGCUGCGAGUCUAGGGGUGCCUUGCACAAAUUGCGUCGCCUUCUCCAUAGAAUGCAAGAUCCCAACGCCGAAACGAAAGAAGACGAAUAAUAAAAGCAAAGAUUCUGAUAGCGACCGAGGAGAAACGAUUGACGAACGAUCCCCUCAGAACCAUGAUUCCCCAAGUACCCAAACUACCAGGACCUCGAUCGGCUAUAACACGCAAGAUGGAACACCUGCGACUUCUCUCACGGAAGCGCAGGUUCGUCAGCGAGAUAAUGAUGAAAAUACCUACGCUCAAUUCAUGAAGCCUAAAUUCACCAGAGCGCCCAUAAAGGAGGCUGGAAGAGUAGCAUACCUAGGAGAAUCGUCGAAUUUGACGCUACUCGUACACGACCGACAUGGCAACGCAGAUGUUGUACAUUAUCCUUUACCAGAGAACAUCAGAGGAUCUAGGGCGAGGCUGACGGAAUUGGAUAACGUGGAAAUUGAUAUCCUACAUCAACGGGGAGCAUUUUUACUCCCUCCUAGGUCUCUUUGUGAUGAACUGGUGGAUGCAUAUUUCAAAUGGGUGGCUCCGAUUGUGCCUGUCAUCAAUCGGAAUAGAUUUAUGAGGCACUAUCGCGAUGCGAAAAAUCCUCCUUCGCUUUUGUUACUGCAGGCUAUCCUCCUGGCUGGAUCCAGGGUCUGUACAAAUCCCCAAUUAAUGGAUGCUAAUGGAUCGACGACUCCCGCUGCCUUGACAUUUUACAAGCGUGCGAAAGCACUCUACGACGCAAACUAUGAAGACGAUAGAGUUACGAUUGUACAAGCUUUGGUCUUGAUGGGAUGGUAUUGGGAGGGACCAGAAGAUGUAACGAAGAACGUAUUUUAUUGGAGCAGGGUUGCGACAAUUGUAGCACAAGGUUCAGGUAUGCAUAGGAGUGUUGAAGGUUCUGCGCUUAGCAAAGCCGACAAGAGGCUCUGGAAGCGAAUCUGGUGGACGCUAUUUACCCGUGAUCGAUCCGUUGCCGUUGCUCUUGGCCGCCCUGUGCAUAUAAAUACCGAUGACUCCGAUGUGGAGAUGGUUAGUGAGGAUGAUUUCGUCGAAGAUGAGACCGAUCAUCCCGCCGAAUACAUCCAAGAUCCUGUUCACGUCCAAUUUUUCCUUCAAUAUGUUAAGCUUUGCGAGAUUAUGGGAUUGGUUCUCUCGCAGCAAUAUAGUGUAGCUUCAAAGGCUCGACGGCAAAAUGCGAUCGACCUCACGCACAGCGAUAUGGCAUUGGCAGAUUGGCUAUCUCAUUGUCCUAAGGAGGUAUAUUGGGAAAUGCCUCGACAUCAAUUUUGGGCAGCCUUAUUACAUUCCAAUUACUACACAACACUCUGCUUGUUACAUAGAGCGCAUAUGCCACCCGCUACUACACAGAGAGGUAAUUAUGAGGAAAAUGUAUAUCCAUCUCGAACUAUCGCAUUUCAAGCUGCAGGAAUGAUUACGUCCAUCAUCGAGAACUUAUCGGCGCAUGAUGAGCUACGAUACUGUCCAGCGUUUAUCGUGUAUAGUUUAUUCUCUGCAUUGAUUAUGCAUGUUCAUCAGAUGCGAUCCUCAGUACCAUCCAUCGUUGCAGCUACCCAAGAGCGGAUGCGAGUUUGUAUGAAUGGCUUGAAGGAUGUAUCAAGAGUUUGGCUCGUGGCCAAGAUGGUCUAUACGCUAUUUGAGUCGAUCUUGGGUAAUAAGGUACUCGAGGAACGUCUUCAGAAAGCUGCUGGAAAACGACACAAACGUAUGGUACAAAGCAUCAGCGAGGGCCUUAAUCAGGCUAAGAACGAAUCCCAGAAGAGAAAAUAUGAUGAUAUGUCACUGGAUUUCGCUGUGGGCAGUGGACCUGCGCCACAAGAAUCGUAUGAGAGAUCCAGACCACAAACACCAAGUCAAGGUUAUAAUUCAUCAUCGAUGCCUGCACCACCACCUAUUACAUCUCCAAAUCAGCGACAGAAUCGAGAUACGUUCAUGGGAGGUUCUAAUUCUCGUCCUCACACACGUCCACCUACACCUUUCAACCCCUCAUACUCCGUCCCAGCUACGCCCCCGGAUCUCUAUCUUGUUACUAGAAACUCCCCAAACAUAUCACAAUCUCUCUGGGAGAACUUUCAACUAGAUCAGUUGUUCCCUGAAGGUGGUCCUAGUUUGAACAAUAUUCAAUUAUCCCCACCAAGCCAUCCCAACCUUGAUCCAAAUCUCAUGCCUCACUUAGGUGCACCUCAGCCCCCAAUCCCAAAUCCAAAUCAAUCAAAUCAAUUGCCUCAACGCAUGCAACGAGGACAACCUGGAAUGAGUGGUAGUCCAAUUCAAGGUGGUGGAAUGCUUCCAACUGGAGUUCCUCCUAAUUAUAACAUGGGCCAAGGUAUGUGGCAGCAAGGCUUUGAGCAACCAAUGCAUGAACCUCAAGGCCAAAGCCCCAGUGAUACCUGGAGUAAUAGUUCUGCACAAGCUGUUCCUACAACUUUAAAUGUGGAAGAUUGGUUUCAAUUUUUCGGCAUUAAUGGGGAUUUGACUGGUAUGAAUGGCGAUGUCCCACUCGCUUGA